CAAUAAAAACCCUAGCUUCCCUUCCAUUCCUCCUCCUCCUCUCUUUGUAAGGGCUCAUACUCCCAUACUCUCCCAUGGCGCUUAAUCACAUUUUUAGGAUCAAAACCCUUGUUUUAUUUUCUCUCUUAAUACUAUUCCUCAUCCUCUUUUCUUCAGGCUUCAGAGAAGGCUGGAGCCCAAAUCACUUGCUUCACAAGGAUGGGAUCCAGAUGACUGGCAGCAGCAGCAGCAGCAGCAGGAGGAAGCUUCUGAUGGAUUUGCAGGAUUAUGAUACUGGACCUAACCCGAGGCAUGACCCCAGAAGAAAAUAUGGAGGCAAGCCUUAACUAUAAUAUAUAUAUAUAUAUAUAUAUAUAGAGAGAGAGAGAGAGAGAGGCAGGCCAUUUGUGAGGGUGGCUCUACUGUACUGUUAUUUCUAUAAAUCUAUAAGGUAUUCAUGAAAGGAUACCUGAUUUUGUAUUGUACGUGUGCAUGCUCAUGCUGCUCUACGUAAUAUCAAUCAAGAAUAAAACAUGCUUUUAUUAAA